CAAAAUGAUUUCCUGCAUAUACUGUAUCUAUAAAAUGUUAAACCUCAAAUAGGAAUAGGUGUAGAUUAAUAUAUACAAGUAGCAAAUAUGGUAGCUUUAAAUAGACUACUUACAAGUGGUCUAAUAUUCGGGUAUCCCAACCACUUUACCGAAGUGGCCUCCCCAGAUUUAGCUGCAAAGGAACAAUAUAAUAUAGUUAGAUAUCUAGCAGCAGCUGGACCUUAUGUACAAAAUCCUGGAUAUGGAAUUAGUACUGAUAUUCCAAAAUCAUGUACGAUUGAACAAGUACAUUAUCUUCUGAGACAUGGUGAAAGAUUUCCAGGGUUAUGGGAAGGUAAAACUCAUGAAGCAAUUCUUGAAAAAAUUUUAAAGACACCAGGGAAGUUACAAGGAGAUCUAGAGUUUUUGAACAAUUAUAAAUAUUAUGUUACAUCUGAAGAUCUCUAUGAGUUAGAAACAACUCCAGAAAAUUCAAAUGGUCCUUAUACUGGCUACGGUACUGCCAUUCGAGCAGGAAAAUCAUUUGCAGAGAAAUAUUCUAGUUUAUUAAAUAAGGAUGAACCUUUACCAGUAUUCAUUGCUGCAUCUCAAAGAGUUUACGAUACUGCCAUAAAUUUUGUAAAAGCAUUUCUUGGUAAUGAUUAUUCAUCAAAUUCAGUUAAACAAGUCAUAAUAUCUGAAGAUAGUAAAUAUGGUUUAAAUUCUUUAGUACCUCGAUGGGGUUGUCCAGCUUUUAAUUCCGAUGCUCAUAAGGAAAAAGUAUUGACUACAUUUCCCAAGGAUUAUCUUGAAGAUAUUGUUUUCCGAUGGAAAUCUUCUAAUCCGGAAUUGGAUCUUAAUUCUGAUGAUGUAUAUCAUAUAUUUGAAAUUUGUGCAUACGAAUUAAACUCUCGAGGUUAUUCGCCAUUUUGUAAUUUAUUCAGUAAAGAUGAAUUUGUCAGUUAUGGUUAUAAUCGUGAUUUAGAAUUUUAUUAUUCAUCAGGCCCUGGUGGUCAAAAUGCGAUUAAUGCUGGGGCUACUCAAUUGAAAGCAACCAUGAAAUUAUUAGAAGAUAAUAAUAAUGAAAAUAAAAUAUGGUUAUCAUUCACUCAUGAUACUGAUAUCGAAUUAUUUUCUUCAGCAUUGGGAUUGUUUGAUACAAUCGAACCAAUGCCAAUGGAUAAGAUUCGUCUCACAGAUACUUAUCAUCAUGUAAAUAUUGUACCUAUGGGAGCUCGAAUUAUUACUGAAAAAUUAAAGAAAGAAGAUAAUUAUUUCAUUAGAUUUAUAGUUAAUGAUGCUGUUAUUCCUGUUCCUGGUUGUUCAAGUGGACCCGGAUUUUCUUGUCCAUUUGAUCAAUUUAAACAAUAUAUACAGGGACGAAUUGGUCAUCUCAAUAUUCCUAAAGAUUGUAAUACUGCUCCAAAUGUUCCCCAAGAAUUAACAUUUUAUUGGGAUUAUAAGGAAGUAACUUAUGAUGCACCAGCAAUUCGAAUUAAUCCUAAAUAAUACGAAUUAGACAACUUUUAUAGACUCUUCCAUACUUAAUAUAUACCUGCUAUAGAUUAUUUCGCAGUUAAGCCUCGCAGCCAC